AUGGGUAUCCGCUUGCGGACAGUGGAGAGAGCCUGCCUUGACGAGGAUGCGAGCAUUGUCACUGAACCAAGUCGCUUCUACUCAGAAGCUAUCUUGUCACGGCGAGGCCCUCUAGCCAAAGUAUGGCUCGCGGCUCAUAUGGAGCGCAAGCUCUCCAAGGCGCAGACUCUGCAGACAGAUAUCGAGCAGUCUGUGGAUGCGAUUAUGGAUCAGGAGGUUGAAGUCAUGGCGCUUCGCCUGAGUGGACAGCUGUUGCUUGGUGUCGUGCGCAUAUACAGCCGCAAGGCCAAGUAUCUCCUCGAUGAUUGUAACGAAGCCCUACUCAAGAUCAAAAUGGCAUUCAAACCUGGCCUUGUCGACAUGACAGAGGACCAACUUACUAUCAACCGCAACGCCAUCACCCUACGAGCAGGAACCGCCGACUUGGAUGUGCUACUUCCCGACUACAACUGGGAUAUCGGCUUCGAUGAGGACCGAAUUGUACAGCCCCAAGGUCAUCAUGUGGCGCGAGCAGCCGACAUCACCCUUACCACAGGCGCCGACGAUAUGCAGUACGACUUUGACGAAGCUGGGUACGGCGACCUAGGCCCUGCGGACGGGAUUGGUUCUCAAGAUUACGACGUCGACCUUGGGUUGGACUUUGGUGAUGGUCCCCUGAGCACACAUGACACGUUGAGCAUCGAAGGCAGGGGUCGGGAUAUGGACGACAGCAGCAGUGUAGAGAUUGGCCGUGACGCACACGCUCCACGGGCAGCCAGAGAGUCGCUUGGUUCGCAUCUCAUGGGCCGCGGUGGUGACGCGGAUCUGGACCUCCUGUCGCACAGGAGCAGGCAGUUGUCUGAAGAUCCUUUCGGUGCUGACAUGGCUAUGGAUAUCGACUUUGGGCCUGACUUAGGUGUCGAUGUCGAUCUGGGCUUGACGUUCGAUGACCAACCUCUGAGCGAGGGACAGAAGACUCCGGGACAGACAAGAUCUCUUUCUCGUGCUUCCUCCCCUCUCUCCGAAGCUCCCCGCACUCCUCCACCACCUGGCGUCGAGUCUACUGCCGAGAUUGCUGCUGGCGAAGGUACUCCCCCUCAACAAGCUGAUGCCCAGGCCGAAGAAUCCGCGAAGCGCAAACGCAGAGAGAAGAAGCAAAUCAUCGAUGACCAGACCGAGCUCGAGAACGGUCGCAAGCGCGGUGGAUUUGGUCCAGCUCUCAAGACCGACGUCUCAGCUAUCACCACCCAGAACCACUAUCUCCCACGCUCAUCCGUCGUCAUGCAGCUUCUCGACAUCCGACAGGACCCGAUUGCUCACUUCUUGCCUACAAAGACCACUGCCAAUGGGACCUUCUUCUGUGCGGGUCCAUUGGACUUGGCUCCUGAGCUGCAGGAGAUGUUCAUGAGGCCUGCACCGGUACGACUGCCUGGUGGCAAGCGCCGCGGUACGUCGCCCGAGAAACCCCCGAGUAGCAAGCGUGCGAGAGUUGAGGGCGAUGGGGCAGGCGACGUCACUAUUGACCCGGUUGAGCAGCACAGGAGGGCGGACAGUGCAGCUCCUAGCGCGAUGCUUGGUAGCGAGCUCCUCGGCCGUGGAGGCAGCGUUGGGCCCAGUGCAGACAUGGGAGGACUCGACUUCGACACUGCUCCUGGUCUGGAUGAUUUCCAGAUGGACAUUCCAGACGCCGAGAUGCCUUCACUUGGAGGCAACGCUGGGUUCGACCGUGGCCGGUCCAAGUCUGUGGCAAGAUCGGAGCUGUCGAGAUUAUCGACUCCUUUUGGCGACGAAGGUGAAGAGACUUACGCGGACCUGGAAUGCCCGAUCGCAGUGUUUGACAUGAAGGGGCAGAGUCAGGCUAGUGAGACGCCCAGUGCUAGCUCGCAAGACGGGAAAGGGUAUAGCAAGAACACCAUGAAGGCUCUGGGGCUUGUUAGGGGGGAGUUGCAGCCUAGUGAUGAAGACGACGAGGACGUUGAGAAGAUCAUGAGUUUCAAGAAGAUGACGCACAAGGCCACGAGGCGUGCCGCGGCGUCGUUCUUCUUCGAGCUCCUCGUCCUAGGCACUCGCGACUGCGUGAAGCUCGACCAGAGAGCUCCUUACGAGAACAUCCAUGUCCGGGCCAAGGACAAGCUCUGGGAACGUCAACGACAUGGGUCUGUCGCCGCCUCCGAGCUGGGAUCAUCUUUUGGUUUAUGA